AUGUUCCUCUCGAAUCCGUCUUCAACAACACGAGCUUCAAAAUCUCAAAGCGAAUCCACAUUAUUUACCAUUCCUAAUAAGCGAGCUACGAGUAGUGGAAAGGAGGGAUCGGGAACAAUGACCCAAUCCUUAAGCCGUCUUUUAAAUCAACCUGCAAUUCUUGCAAACACAGAAAACUACUAUGAGGAUGACGACAAGUCAGACGCCUUUGCAUUAGAUCCAGAUGGCAUGUAUUCCAAAACCAACAACACGACCAUAUCCUCAAGAUCGCGCCAAAGUAGCAACAAUUCCAACAACAGCCCACUCUAUCACAACUCCACUUCUCCCUACCCUUCCAUCUCCUAUUCUUCCAAUUCGACCUCACAAACUAGUCUUUCAUCAUCCCCACAACAACAACAGCAAUUUUCAAACGUCUCUGUCUCCAUAUCGUUGGAAGGAGAAAUACUGUCGGGGCAACAUUCAUUAAGUACCACAUCAUUGAGGAGAAAGAGCCGACCUGCUCCCAUUCAAACCGAUUCGGAUACGUCUCCUUCGGGAAGUCGAGGAAUGAGGCCAGUCAUUAUGGACAAUCCAAACUAUCUUCAGACUGGAGACGAUGGCGGUUCCUUAAUGGUGGUACCCCUCAUGCAUUCGAAUUCGGUGCGUAUGAAGAAAAAACAGACCAGUCCUAAUGAAAUUGAUGACAUCCUCAACACUACCUCCAAUCCUAAUGGGAAAAACCAUUUGUCAAAUAUCCCAAACAGUAAAUCUCAAAUUUCGACUGGAAAAGAAAAGGUCUCCAGAUUGGGCCAAACCAUCAGUAACCAGAUCAGAAUUUCCGACGAAGACGAGGAAGAAGGAAUUCGGCAGGUUCAUUCAUUCAACUCUUCGUCGAGGAAUAGAAGCACAUCAAAGAAAAAGUCACAGAAAAUAUCUCAAGAAAUGGAUGACUACAUCGAUUCCAUUCUGAAAAAGAAGGGGAAAUCUGCAGAUGACUUGUGUAAUGACACGGAAGGAGAAAUCAAUGAUUUUAGAGAGACCAAUCUGCCAAUUCUUGUUGGACAAGAACCUGUCAUGUACCAUCCAAAUCCGAAUGAUUUAGGAUAUCUUGGCAGACGUCGUAAGAGUACAGUAGCCUAUGAGCAAGAGAAUCCAGAACAACACGCCGUUGAACUUGAAAAUGUCUUUCGAAGAACUAGAUCCACCAUUAAUACAAAAAAUAUCGCCUUACCAGCCGCAGGUGAACAACAAGUUGAAAUACCAGUUCCUGAGACGAGUGUGCAACCUGUGAAUAAUCCAAUGAUUGUAGUGUCAGGAGGAGCAAAACUAUUGAGAAAGGACAAAUCUCUCUACGCUGUUGGUGGUGUCAUCAAUGAAAAAAAGAAAAUUGAGCUCGAAAAACGGAGACGAAAGACCAUCAAUCGAUCUAAGGUUGUGGGUAAAAUUGGACCCCUUAUAACAGUGGAUUCUGAUUCUGAGAGCGAGGAGGAGGAUCGCCCCGAUGACACGAGUACUCAGUAUGAUCUCCAAACAGAGUAUUGUGAAGGAGAGGAAUAUUAA